GUUUCAUAUCCCAUUUCACAGUUUCGCGGACAGGACAUGCUUUAGAGAGAGAAAGAGAGAGAAGGCGAAAAAAAAACAAACGGAGAUGGGGGCUGAGACUUGGAGCUUAACGGCGAAACUGUGCGACUCCUGCAAGAGAUCGUCGGCCACCGUGUUCUGCCGCGCCGACACGGCGUUCCUCUGCGCGGCCUGCGACUCCAAGAUCCACGCGGCCAACAAGCUGGCGUCGCGCCACGCGCGCGUCCUGGUCUGCGAGGUCUGCGAGCAGGCCCCGGCCAGCUUCACAUGCAAGGCCGACGCCGCCGCGCUCUGCGUCACGUGCGACCGCGACAUCCACUCCGCCAACCCGCUCGCCCGCCGCCACGAGCGCCUCCCAGUCGUCCCCUUCUACGACUCUCCCGGCGAUGCCGCCAAAUCCCACGGCUCCCCCUCCGUCUCCUCCGGCGACCACUACCCCGAGGCGGCGGAGGAGGAGGCCGAGGCCGCCUCGUGGCUCCUCCCCACUCCCAACAACGCCAAAGGCGUCGAUUUGGAGGGCCCCGAGUACAAAACCGCUGAUUACCUGUUCGGCGACAUGGACUCUUAUCUCGACUUGGAAAUGAUCCCCGGCGGCGCAGAUCAGAAGCCCCACCUCCAAAACCCCCGCCAACACUACAAUUCCGACGGCGUCGUCCCGGUGAUGAACAAAACCGAGACUACCCACGUUCCCGGCCCUGUAGUCGACGGAUUUCCCACCUAUGAAAUCGACUUCACCGCCGGAUCUAAGCCGCCUUUCAUGUAUAACUUCGCCACUCAAACCAUCAGCCAUAGCGUAUCGUCGUCGUCUAUGGACGUGGGAGUUGUGCCGGACCACAGCGCGAUGGGGGAUGUGUCGAACCCGGCAUUUGGCCGGAGCACCGGCACCGGCGAGGGGGUCCCGAACCCGUUGUCGGGAGUGGACCGGGAGGCGAGGGUGCUAAGGUACAGAGAGAAGAGAAAGAACCGGAAGUUCGAGAAGACGAUCCGAUACGCCUCGAGAAAGGCGUACGCGGAGACCCGGCCGAGGAUCAAGGGGAGGUUCGCGAAGCGCGCCGACUUGGAAGUCGACUCCCUCCUCGCCGCCGACGCGUCGUACGGCGUCGUGCCGUCGUAUUAAGGCCGCCGCGGGCGGCGCGGCGGCGAUGGAAUAAAAUUUUGGGCAAAUUUUGAGCUCGAUCUCGUGUUGUCGUGUUGUUACUGCUGCUGUAUAUAAUGUUGCUAAUAUUUAUACUGUCUGACUCUGAUGCAUUUUCUACUUCUGGCUGACUUUAUGUAACCCCAUGUUACAUUUUUCUGUCAAUGGUAAUGUAAUGAGCUGUUGUUUGUUAGAUCUUCACUUUUUUUUUUUUCUUGAAAUAAUGGAGUAUACAAUGUAUUAUGCUCCAUAGUAUUAUUAUUGUUGUUGUUGUUGCCCUCUCAAUAAGAAUAUAUUGUAAAAUGCAAAA